AUAUGCCGCUGAAAAUAAAAAAUGUUACAUCGAGGAAAAGACGGCAAUAAACAUGUUUCUUCAUUUUGGAAUAUUACUUCUUUUGUCCCAAGGAAUCUUUGGCGAAGUGGACGUUUCGGAAGCUAUAGAUGGAGACAGCCGAAUAAUAGGUGGCCAAGAUGCUACUCCAGGCAUGGCUAAGUACCAAGUUUCAAUACGUGGACAUAGAGACAAUUACGAAUGGAACACUUGCGGAGGGUCUAUUAUAAAUCGACAGUACGUCUUAACUGCCGCGCAUUGCAUUGUUCGGAAACAACCUUACGAGAUGUGUAUAGUAGUUGGCAGUCACCAGAUCAAAUCAGGUGGCCAGCGUUACGAGAUUAAGAAAUUGGUGCAUCAUGAGAAUUUUUCAAAGUCCACAGUGAAAAAUGACAUAGGCGUCGUACAAGUCGAAGGCAACAUCCAAUUUAACAACAAAGUUCAACCAAUUUUCUUGUACAAACAAGCGGUACCCAUUGGAAGGAUAUGUCUUUUGACCGGUUGGGGAUAAACAGACUUCGUGAGUAUAUUGAUUUUG